GGCUCUAAUCGUGCCUCUCUCUGCGGCUCACCCAGGGGUGCUGCUACGGGGAACACGGGUGCAAACCAGGCCACCUCCCCUUGCCCAGCACCGGCAGCCAGUCCGGCUCCUGGGUGCCCAUCAGCGGGUACCAAACGACCAGCAAAGAGGAGUCGGAGAUUUAUGGAGCGAUCAUCCCCCAUGGUCUGCGAGGUCCCCCCGGGAACCCCGGCCCCCCCGGGCCCCCUGGCCCCCCUGGAGCACCAGGUCUUCUCUACCUCAACAGGGUUUACCCCAUCCGUGCCCAGCCGCCCUGCAAGCAGCCGGCAGCCACCAACACAGGCUGGGAAGCAGGCUCUCCAGAUGCUGAUAUCCCUCAGAUGGAGCCACUGGACUCCCGCGCUGAUCUCCGGCGCCAGACGUGGGUCUUCAGGUCCAAGGAGCUGAUGCUGAAGUCUGGCAGAGCCGUGCCCGAGGGGAGCCUGGUCUAUGUGCGGGAAGGGAGCAGUGCCUUCCUCCGGACCCCCACCGGCUGGAGCCGCCUCCUGCUGGAGGAUUCGGAGUCGCUCUUCGCCAGUGACGACCCCUCCGCCUCCACCCCACGGUACCAGGAGGGGAAGCAGGUACAGACAAGAGGUCCUGAGACGGUGCUGCCCGUGCUGGCCCCGACGGACUCGCUGGUCCAGAAGGAGGAGGGACAAGGGCUGCCCCAGCUCCUGCCAACCACCAUCGCCCCACGGAUCCCAUCACUCCGCCUGGCUGCCCUGAAUGUGCCCCUCGCCGGUGACAUGAGCGGAAUCCGGGGCGCCGACCUGCAGUGCUACCGGCAGUCCCAGGAGGCUCAGCUCUACGGCACUUUCCGGGCGUUCCUGUCAGCUCCCACCCAGGACCUGGUGUCCAUCGUCAAGAGGAUGGACAGGGCCCUCCCUGUUGUCAACCUGAAGGCAGGUACCCUCAUCCCCUGUGGGUGCUGA